UAAGCAGUGACAGCCGAUUGAGGGGGACGGUAGAGUAAAGAAAGACAAACGGAGAGGAGUCAUUCUUGGAUCUGGAGAGUUUUUCUGCGUAUAUAUUUAUUCACGAUCUCGUGCACGUAAUAGCCGGCGAUUAAGGUUAUCUAUUGCAUGUAUCUACGGAGUCAUAGGUCCUUAUAACCUGUGAACGGACACACCGCACCUUUAGUGCGCUCUGUCCGCUGAGAGAGGAGGCAGCAGUAGUGGAAUACUGCUGGAGCAGAGUUGCUGUUGCGCUACAACUACUGGAAUAUAAUAAAUUGUAAAACUAUCCCUAGUUACCAAACGUUGUAGUGGAUUUUUCCUAAAACCCGGUUUGUUCCAUUUUAUUUGGCACGUAUGGAUAACCCCGUCCAAUCCCGAUCUUUUAUACAACUCUGACGAGGUUUCCAAACAGAACGGAACACAGCUGCCGCCUGCUCUGCACUCGCAGGGUCCACACUCAUUCCAACCAUGGUGUGAAAGUUGGAAUUGUAAAUAUGUCUAGCGAAAAUUUUGGAAGGAUGAAAUACGUAAUUAAGUUGGUGUAAUUUUUACCAGACAUAACAAAAAUGGUCAGUUUAGAGUUUUUUGCGCAGAGAUCCUGCAGGUUGUUUUGGCCUGUGGGUUGUGUGUUUCUGUUUUUCGGCUGCCUAUCGGUAGCCUCCCCCUCCCACGGCCGUCGGUUGAUCUGCUGGCAGGCCAUCAUGAACUGUCAGACGGAGCCGGAGUGCCAUUACGCAUAUGGACAAUACACGCACGCGUGCGCUGCUGUCCUGAGCGGGGAUAGAAAGAAGUGUCCCAGCCACUGCAUCUCCUCUCUGGUGCAGCUCAACCUGACGAAGAACGGCCCCGCGCUGGAGGACUGCAGUUGUGCCUCGGACUCUAUCUGCCGGAAUACCAAGCGGGCCAUCGAGCCGUGCCUGCCCCGGACUAGCAACAUGGGCUGCACGGAGGCACGGAGACAGUGUGAGAAAGACUCACAGUGCAGCUCGGCCAUGCGAGACUAUUUAAUCCACUGCGGGAAGCUCUUCAGCGGGGCGACUUGCACGAACGCUUGUCGGAAUGUGAUCGCAGAUAUGCGCAAAAUACCCAAAGCCGAGCUGUUGGAUACGUGCGUGUGUGAUGGGACUGAAAGGACCAUCUGCGAGUAUGUUAAGCUUAGCAUGAAAAACCUAUGCUUCGACGCUCCUGUGGUGGCGGAGGAAGGUAGCGGAUCGGACGACGAAGAUGACGAAGAUGACGAGGAGGACUUCCCAGUGUUGAACCCGGUGUUCGAGGGGAGAAACGCCGGGUCAGAUGGCUGUGCUGUAGGGAGCUUUGGUGUUUUGACCGUGGUGACAGCGUCAGGCUUAAUUCUACUAACGCCUCUUCUCUAAAUCCUCUUCCUCAGAAUAGAAUAUCGAUCAUGUAUAUCAAACUGUUGGAUAGCUAAACACACUGACGCCUUACAAAGUCAGACUGCUGUUCAGAUUAAGUUGAAACACACGCCUUUACCAACGAAUGUCCGUCAUUCUGGCUAAAGCUAAUGGAGGGGUAGGCUACGGUAGGACUUCAGAGAGUAUAAAAUACAAUUAUUUCUUCCUGACAAGACGUGCCUUUUUUCAAUAUUUGUUUUGUGCUGAAUGAUAUGAAACCAAGUGAUGAUAUUUUCUAUGCAAAUAUUAAGCUCUACUACAGCAUGGAUGCUGUUUCACAGUCCUUAUUUAUUUUGAAACAAUCAGAGAAUAGAGACAUGGACACUUUACACACGCCUUAUCGCCACUGGCUUUCACUAAUAUGCUACGUGACUUGCAGCAGCCUAUCUAGGCCUGAAUAUCAACAUGGCAAACACCAAAAAAUUUAUACUUAUUUCCAUAGCUGAUAAUCCACCUAUAGUUUGUCCUUUAGAAAGAAACAGAAUAGUUUUAAACAUUAGGCCUAUAGUAAAAUGUGAACAGAAACGGUUUGAUUUUACAGAGAGAUUAAACAAUGCAAGGUUUUAUGGAAAAGCUGUGCACCGCAUAUAGUUGAAUGAUGUUUAUAUAUUAUAUUAUAUAUAUUAAAUAUAUAUAAAUAUAAGUGAAACUAUUUUUGUAUAAUAUCGUUGAUAUCAGGUCACUGUUGACAUCUUUGUUUUUAAUGCUGGAUUCAGAAGCUAACUGGUGGACUUGUACAUAGCUUGGUAAAUAAAUGCUUUGAACGUAAUUUAUUUAUCUUGAUUCCUGCUCGACUCAAUGUCACAUCAAAGCAUUCAAUACCAUUUUUGAAAAUAUGUCCAAAUAUUCUUGUCGAAAACACAAGGAAAUAAUUCCAGCUUUAAAGGGAAGAAGUUCUGCAUUGUGUAGAUUAUCUUUAAGAUGACUGUACAGUGUAUGAUAGCGUAGAUCCAGAGAACCAUUUCAUUGUUAUACGAUUUAUUCACUGUUUAAAGAAAACGUCUAAUUUCACUGUAUGACUGACUGCCUCAAAGAUGCAGGCUACUAUAUAAAGGCAUAAAGAAACUUGAAAAUACA